GUUGCUGCCGUGUGCUCGGGACUCUGCCCGGCGCUUCUUCGCUGAGAUUUCUUCUGGAGGAAAAAUGGCAGCUGUUGCAGUUGAUCCUCAGCCGAGUGUGGUGACCAGGGUAGCCAACCUGCCCUUGGUAAGCUCCACGUGUGACCUCGUGUCCUCUGCUUAUGUCAGCACAAAGGAUCAGCACCCCUACCUGAAAUCUGUGUGUGAGAUGGCUGAGAAAGGCGUGAAGACCGUGACUUCUGUGGCAGUGACCGGUGCUCUGCCCAUCAUCCAGAAGCUAGAGCCACAGAUUGCAGUUGCCAAUACCUAUGCCUGUAAGGGACUGGACAGAAUUGAAGAGAGACUGCCGAUUCUGAAUCAGCCAACAGCCCAGGUUGUUGCUAAUGCCAAAGGUGCUGUGACAACUACUGUGACUGGGGCCAAGGAUUCUGUAGCCAGCACAAUCACAGGGGUCAUGGACAAGACUAAAGGAGUGGUAACUGGCAGUGUGGAGAAGACCAAGUCUGUGGUCAAUGACAGCAUUAACACAGUUUUGGCGAGUCGGAUGGUGCAGCUUGUGAGCCAUGGAGUAGAAAAUGCAUUGACAAAAUCAGAGCUGCUGGUAGACCAAUACCUCCCUCUCACUCAGGAAGAAUUAGAAAAAGAAGCAAAAAAAGUCGAAGGCUUUGAUAUGGUUCAGAAGCCAAGUUAUUAUGUUAGACUGGGAUCUCUGUCUACGAAGCUCCGUUCACGUGCCUAUGAGCAGGCUCUCAGCAGGGUUAAAGAUGCAAAGCAAAAAAGCCAAGAGACCAUUUCUCAGCUCCAUUCUACUGUUCAUCUGAUUGAAUAUGCCAGAAAGAAUGUUCAUAGUGCCAACCAGAAAAUUCAGGAUAAGCUCUAUCAGUCAUGGGUAGAGUGGAAGAGAAGCAUUGGCCAUGAUGAUACUGAUGAAUCCCAUUGUGCUGAGCACAUUGAGUCACGGACCCUGGCUAUUGCCCGAAACCUGACUCAGCAGCUCCAGACCACAUGCCACAUCCUUCUCUUCAACAUCCAAGGGUUACCACAGCAUAUUCAAGACCAGGCCAGCCACUUGGGGGUGAUGGCAGGAGAGAUCUACUCUGUGUUCCGCAAUGCUGCUUCCUUUAAGGAAGUGUCUGACAGCUUCCUCACCUCUAGCAAUGGGCAGCUGAAGAAAAUGAAGGAAUCUUUAGAUGAUGUGAUGGAUUAUCUUGUUAACAACACACCUGUCAAUUGGCUGGUAGGUCCCUUUUAUUCUCAGAUUACUGAGUCUCAGGGUGCUCUGGAUCAAAAUGCAGAAACCGACAAGACCAGCCAGGAGGCCCAGCCAUCUGAGCCUAAAACUCACUAAAUCUACGCUUCUUACCAGUGCAUUAAGUAGCCAGCCAGAUGAUAACCUUGUUAUGUUGAAAUUAACCUUGACAAGUUAGAUGACUCUAAAUUGGAAAAGCAGCUAACUAGGAAAAAGGUCCUCAGGAGAAGUCGUUUUUAGCUGAAUUAACAGCUUUAAAGUUUCUGGCAUGAGCCAGAUGAGUUCUGUUUACCUCACUUAUAAGUAGAGAACAUUGGCCUAGCCACAACUUGUAAGUUCAAGUGUACUUACAAUCUCACUCUACAGCCUUUGUGUAGCUAUUGCUAACAUGUUUAUAUUGAAUAAAAACACCUUCACAGGGGCUCUGUGCAUGAUAAAUGCCUUGAUGCAUGCUUGUAUACCUUGAUUUUAGCUUUUUGUUGCUUAUAAAGAAAUGAAUUCAAUAAAAUU